CAUACAAUUUCUUUAGUUCGUUACGAUAUUUUCUUGGCUGUACAGUGUAUACAGGUUAGUAUAUUGAUGCAGCAUAGUAUUUUUUUUUUGGGGGGGUAAAUUACAUUGGUAGUUUCUACAUUGUUGUGCCUGUGUGUCAUUUUGAUAUCUACGCUUUCAACUGGCUCAAUUUUGACCAUUGAUUUUAAAUUUUGUGUCAAUUUAGUCCGAUUGAUAAAAUUGUUAAGAGUGUUUGACAGAAAACAGGAGUUAAUUUUCUCCUAAAUUAUGACACAUGCCGCUCAUGAGCAUAUUUUUGUUAAAAAUGUUAACAGCGGUAAUGAAUUGGACCCAAUUGAGAGAAAGUCAUAAAUUCAGGUCAAAAUUAAACCAAUUGAAACUACCAUGACCAAAAUGAUGAAGAGCCAAAAUAUAAAGGCUACUGGUAUAAUUUGCCCUUUGUUUAUUUUUUUGGUUCGUUUGUUUUCUAUUCACCUUUUGCAAAAAAAUAAAAAUAAAUAAAAAAUUGCAUCCUUCUUUAGCCAUUUUGUGUUAGCAAAGCCAAUUUAAUUAUUUUUAAAUAAUGGACUACUAUGUGUGCUAAAUAAUCUUUUCUUUAGCCAUUAUGUGUUGUUGUUUGAUAUCACUUAUAAGUUAGUUUUAUAGUUUUUUAAAUUAUUAACUUAAAAAAAUUAAAAUAAGUUGUAAAUUUGUUUGGUGCAUUUUUUGAUAAUUUGUGAAAAAAUUGAAUUUGGUUGGUUAAAUAAACUGUCACAUAACAUUUUUGUUGUGCAAAUAUGCGGAAGGGCUCAAAAGGUUAUAAUUAAGACAAAAGAACUACAGAUAAUUUGUAGCUUAAGAAAAUUUCAUUUGUUUUGGCCAAAUAAGCGUAAAAUAAAUUAUAAUUUAAGGUUGCAACCAAAUUAGUUAAUUUUUUUAAGCAGACAAGCCAAAUAAUUUGAUUUAUUAGUGUGGGAGCCGAAUUUAAUUGGAUCAAUAGGGACGAGUAGACCCGUCCGGUCCGGAACGUAGCUUCUAUUCGGGUUUGAUCUUAGUCAAUCAAAGAGCCGAAUAAAGUAACCAGCACUACAGCCAGUAUAGCAAAGGCCAAGUAUAAGUAUGCGUAAAGAUCAUGAAUGGGCCUGGCCCUAAGGCCCAAAAAGAAUACUAUAAAUAUGGGAUCAUCAGUCAGAGAAAGCACUUCGGACCGGAUUGUUAAUUCUUUUUUAGGUGGCUACCUGAGGAUCACAAGCGUCCCCCAGGAUUGGAAGAAGACAUUGUUGCGCAGAAGGAUAAAACUUCCUAUUUGGCACCGGGUUUCUGUCUCCAUUUCACCAUUUAAAAGCAUUGAGCAACCUGCAUUGGGUCGAACUAGAUCUCUAAUUCAAAAGGGUCUGCAGAAUUCUUUUUCGGUGGUUCGUAGCCAAAAGAAGGAUGUUCCUGUGUUAGAAGCCAGGUGUAUGGAUGAGAUAUACAAUGCUUUGGCUGAACGUCUUGUUCCAACAGCAGCAGCAGCAUCAAAUCCCAAUUUCAAGCAUAUUGUGGGUUUGGCUGGUCCUCCUGGUGCUGGAAAGAGUACUGUUGCAUUUGAAAUAGUUCGGCGUGUAAACAAGUUAUGGUAUGAAAAAUCUUGUUCUUUUGAUUCACAAGUUGAGCCCCCAGAAGUGGCUACAGUCCUUCCAAUGGAUGGGUUCCACCUUUAUCGUCAUCAGUUGGAUGCAAUGGAGGAUCCAGAGGAAGCUCAUGCGAGAAGGGGAGCUUCAUGGACAUUUGAUCCUGAACUACUGCUAAAAUGUCUCAAGACUUUGAAGAAUCAGGGAUCAGUUUACGCUCCUUCAUUUGACCAUGGUGUUGGAGAUCCAGUUGAAGAUGAUAUUUUUGUGAACCUUCAGCACAAAGUGGUGGUAGUAGAAGGUAAUUAUCUGCUCUUGGAAGAAGGGGUGUGGAAGGAGAUAUCUUCUGUUUUUGAUGAGAAGUGGUUCAUCGAGGUUGAUAUUGAGACAGCAAUGCAACGAGUUUUAAAGAGACAUAUAUUGACUGGAAAACCUCCAGAUGUUGCUAAAUGGCGGAUAGAGUACAAUGACCGGCCUAAUGCAGAGCUAAUUGACAAGUCCAAGAAAAAUGCGGAUUUGUUAAUCAAGUCAAUUGAUUUCUGAAGUUGAAUCCCAUCUAUAAUUAGAAGAGAGAAGGAAUUGACAAGUUCAGUUCAAUCGUGUUCACCAUUUGAAGCAAAAUGAUGAAUGACAGUCUAAUGGCGAAGCCAUGAACAAGUUGAAUAAAAAUGCAGAUACUGACUUGUUUAAGUUAAGGUGACUCGGACAAGAAGAGUAGGAAGCGACUGCUGGGUUAGUGAAUCUUGUUUCUUCUAAAGUUAAUAAUGAAAAGUAGUAAAUUUAUUUAUUUA